AUGUUGGCCAGCUGGAGCGGGCACCUCAGUCCGUCCCCGUCGACGGACAGCAACUCGACGCGGUCGUCGCACCUCAGCCUGCUAUCCUCCGCCUCAUCGAUAUCAUCCCCACCCUCGGCACCGUCGCCGCUUCCCUCGCCGUCGCCAUCUAUCGCAUCUAUCGGCAACAAGACACACGCGUUCUUCGGCUCGCCCUGGGAAGGCUCGCCCACGCCCAUGCCGCCCCCGAAGCUCCAGCUCCGCAUCCAAUCGUCCGACAACGGACACGGCGCACACCCCGACGAGACGCCCCGGAUGCCCCAGGAGACCCCGCGCAUCGAGCAACGUGUGGUGCCCAAGCGCUCCCUCAAUGAAGAGUUUUUCGGGCCCUCGACCCUGCCCACCCCACCUCCUACCUCUGCGCGGCUCCUGACGCCGUCCAUCUCCUCGCGCGAGAGCUCCUACUCUCCGCCCAGCACACACCGGACCCUCCCUCCCUCUGCGAUAUCCCGCCUCUUUCCUUCCCGCCGACGCUAUGCCUCCGAGGACAACGAGCCCCCAGAGCUAGAACCUACGCCCACUCACCGUAGGGAGUUCCUGCAGCUCGAUACGGAUACGGCUGCUCCGUCCUAUGCGGACGCAUUCACUGCGUCGCCCGCAGUAGCACAAUUCCCGAUACCGAAGGUACAUCCGGACUCGUCGAACAUGCCGACACCGCUGCCGCAUCCUACAGAGCACGAGCGGACGUCAUUCAUUCCGUCAGAACGCAAUACGAAGCCGCUCCCACCCGUACCAUUACUCUCCGUGCAGCCCGACCCCGUGGUGCUCGAGCAGGGAACAGUGCUGCGAAGCACGUCCUUAUCAGUACGGCUGGAGCGCGUGCUGGGCCAGGGUGCGUUCAGCAGCGUGUGGCUUGCCAGUGAUCUCGAGGGACAGGUCGGUGUGCUCGAGCUGUCGCGGAGGACUAGUCUACUUCGGAGUAAGAGCCAGAAGCGUGGGCGACGCUUAGAGGGGACAAGACCGAAGGCGAGUGGUAUCCGCGCAAAGGGACCCGUCCCUAUGCAGCGGGAGAAGAGGCUGAACGUGCAUGAGCGGGUGGAGAGCGAGGAGAGCGUGACAUUGCGCGACGUGGACGCGACGCCGAGGCCGGACGAGAUCGCGGCGGCGAUGGGGAGGCAGCAGGAGGGGCGGCUGGUCGCGGUGAAGAUGACGGAGCGGACGAUGUGCGAGAAGAACUCGCGCUCGAGGGUGAGCUUCGUGCGCGAGGUUGAAAUCCUGCGGCAUAUCGCACACCCGUCCAUUGUCUCGUACGUUCACUCGUUCAGCACGCCGGCGCAACAUUGUCUCGUGCUGGAGUAUGUCGGUGGCGGCGAGCUGUUCGACCUGAUCGGCAACCCCGAAAGCCACGCGCGGUUGGACGAGCCCCUCCUCAGACGGAUGUUCGGUGAGCUGUGCAAGGCCGUAGGCUGGAUGCACGGAGUCGGACUCGUCCACCGCGACAUCAAGCUUGAGAGUACACAUCCUUCUCACCACUUACCCGUUACCUCCACCCUCCCCGCGGCGCCCGCCUCACUCAUCAAGCUCUCGGACUUCGGCCUCUCGCGGUUCAUCGACCCCGCAAAGCCGCUGCUCACGACACUCUGCGGCUCCGAGUCGUACGCGGCACCGGAGCUCGUCACCGGGCGGCCCUACGACGGGCGCGAGACAGACGCGUGGGCGUGUGGCGUGGUGCUGUACGCGCUCGCGGCGCGCCGUCUGCCCUUCGAUCGGGUGGUGUCACGUGAGCGCGAGGAGGGGUGUGAUGGGGAGGGGAGAGGCCCGGCGGUGAACAGCAAGGCGGAGCGCAGGGCGCUGUUGAUGCGCAUCGCGAAGACGGAGUAUAGCUGGCCUGAGGACGACACCAACGCGGUUGGCGAGACCAUACUCGCGGGGGCGCAACUCGCGCGGAGUGCUGGCGUGCGCAGGGUGGUCGAGCGGUUGCUUGUGCGGAAUCCGGCCAACCGCGCGAGGAUUAUCGACCUGUGGGAAGAAGAGUGGAUGCGUGGCGAAGGCGCGCCGUUCGUGCCCCAGGGCGUCACGCACGGGGACGUAGGAGACGCGUUGGCUGAUGCGGAUGCUACGCCCGUACCGGCCCAGAUCGUCGAUGCGCACUGUGACGCGGACGUGGAAGACGACGACGGCCUCAUCGUGGAUGAGCAAGACAUUGGACCGGGCAGCGUCGCACACCAAGAGCACUAG